AUGGCAAUCACCUCUGUCCCUUCCGAUAUUGGCUUUAUUCACCCUUUUAUCCAUCUGUCCGUCCAACCUGCAUGCAAAGCAAGCCGACUCAUGCCGCAUUCUCGUCUUUCAACUCGGCCCAUACUCGGCACGUCUCGCCUGCCGCCGUUCGUAUAUGGGUGCCUACAGAACCGGCAACCUUCGCUUCUUUACACAAUCUUCCUGGUUUUCCUAUCUCUCCGUUCUCCUCCCAACCCCCUUUGCUUAUAUCCCUUGCAAGCAACCUUUAUUGGCCCAACAGCAGACACCCUAGGCCUUGUGCCAUCCAUCUUCACCGUUUCGCGACGCUUAUGGUAA